UGGUGGGCGGCGCACCGCGUUAAGGUGUCGUGCAGCGCGAUAGAUUAGUGCAAGCGACGGCGGGGGAAUUUCAGUUGAAAGAAACAAACCGAGUAAACUGGCAGAAUGGAACCGUUCAGGACCGCAGUGCUCCUCCACAGUCUAUUGCUCUCUGCAUGGUCUUUUUCCCAUCAUUCUCACACGGAUGACAUCCUCUCAGCUCGCUCAGUCCUCAGGUUGCUGGAUAAGCCGAUUAGGUUUGACCCCUGUUGUCUCAUGUCUCCACCUCCACCCCCAUUGUUCCCUCCACCUCCACAACUCUGGAAGCGGAAAAACACUGAUGACAGUGGCAUAUUAACCCCAGGCAUUGACGGAGAAGAAGAGGAGGAGCGAAGACCUAAACAGGUGGUACCGGUAUGUGCCUCUGGACCUCCUGGACCUCCCGGACCACGUGGCCCAGAGGGUCAUAGCGGAUUGCCCGGCAUAAGAGGACCAAAGGGGGAGAAGGGAGAAAUUGGACGUCCUGGGUUGAAGGGACGCACAGGAGCGCCAGGCCUACCGGGGAAACAGGGACUACAGGGAUGGCACGGUCCAGAGGGAGUCAAAGGAGAGAAAGGGGACCAAGGGCUGAUGGGAUUGCCAGGACUGAGGGGACCACCAGGGACAAAGGGUCUGCCAGGGUACAAAGGAGAGAAGGGGUCUCGAGGUGACCCUGGAGUCAUAGGAUUGAAGGGUGAUAAGGGGUCCAUUGGUUUGCCUGGGGUGCUGGGACAGAAGGGUGAGAUGGGACCAAGUGGAGAGCCAGGGGUACCGGGCAAAAGAGGGCCCACUGGACGCCCAGGAAAGAGAGGAAAACAGGGUAUGAAAGGCCAAAGUGGAGCACCAGGGACCAUGGGCCCCAGUGGACCCCCAGGUCCCAUUGGUCACCCUGGGCCCCCUGGUCAACCAGCUUCAGGUCUCUAUCUGGUAGGAGAGAAGGGAGAGAAGGGUCCCGCGGGUGCCCCAGGCCGCUGUCAGUGUGACCCACCUCUUGGAGCGAGCAGCACCCCUUUUGGAAGAUACAGCCAGCGGGGGAACUUCAACAGAGUCCCCGCAAUAUUUGUGGUAAACAAUGGGGAGGAGUUGGACCACAUACAGAUAGAAAACGCUAUAGCAUUUCGAAAAGACCAGAGGUCCCUCUACUUCAAAGAUAAAGAUGGAUGGAAGCCAAUACAGCCAUUCCAGCCGUACCAGUCAACAGAGAAGGUUCUGGAGAGACUGGGUGUUUGUGGGGAUGGGAAAGUUCAGGCCCAGAAUGGAGAGGAGUGUGAUGAUGGCAACAAGAUUGUUACAGAUGCGUGCCUCAACUGUAAAUGGGCAUACUGUGGAGACGGCUAUCGACAUGAGGGCAUGGAGGAGUGUGACGGAAAGGACUUUGGUUUCCAGACUUGCAAGUCCUAUCUUCCUGGAUCCUUUGGGCAGCUUAGAUGCACCGAGUCUUGCAUUAUUGACUCCACCGACUGCAAGUAUUUCACCUGA